GUCAUCGUGAGAAGGUAGACUGCUUUGCAGAGUGUGUGACUGUCCCGGGAGCAGAGGCACACAGGUACUACGGAGCUCAGCUCAGCCUCCUGACCUCGGCUCAGCAGCACUCCUAAGUACAAGAGGACACCUUAAGGAUAUGUUCAUGCAUUCUGCUGGAGGCUUGGGUCCUAAAAGUCGUUUUUAUUCUUUAAAGAGAAAUGAUGAAGAGGCUGUGGUGGACAGAGGUGGAUACCGGUCCAUGCUGAAAACCAAUUUUGAGAAGGAGGAACUCGAAGGUCACAGGACACUCUACAUUGGGGUACAUGUCCCCAUUGGGAAGAAGAGCCACCGGAGACAUCGACAUCACGGACACAAACACAGGAAGAGAAGCAGGGAGCUGGACUCUGGAGUGGACAAUGGAAGAGAGUCUCCCACAUACUACACGCCAUCCCAGAGAGUGCAGUUCCUGCUGGGCACAGAGGAUGACGACGAGGAGCACAUCCCCCAUGACCUCUUCACUGAGCUGGACGAGAUCUGCCUGAAAGACGGAGAGGACGCCGAGUGGAGGGAAACCGCCAGGUGGCUGAAGUUCGAAGAGGACGUGGAGGAUGGAGGAGAGCGCUGGAGUAAGCCCUACGUUGCCACGCUGUCCCUGCACAGCCUGUUCGAGUUGCGCAGCUGCAUCCUCACAGGCAUCGUGCUGCUCGACAUGAGGGCCAGCUCCGUGGAGGAAGUAGCAGACAUGGUGUUGGACCAGCAGGAGACCGUGGGUCCACUGGGGGACGAGGUGAGGAGGAAGGUGAGAGAGUCCCUCCUCAAACAGCACCACCACCAGAACCAGAAGAAGCUGGCUAACCGCAUCCCCAUUGUACGCUCCUUCGCUGACAAGAAGCAGUCCGAGCCCCAGUCCAUGGACAAGAACGGUCAGGUGAUUCCCCAGACCUCUCUACCCAUCCCCAAUGAUGGCAAAGCUGAAGUCAGCAGAGAGAACAGUGCUGUGGACUUCAGUAAGAUAGACCUCCAUUUCAUGAAGAAGAUUCCACCGGGAGCGGAAGCGUCCAAUGUGUUGGUGGGUGAGGCGGAGUUCCUAGACAAGCCUGUGGUGGCGUUUGUACGUCUCUCACCUGCAGUCAUGCUCAACGGGCUGGCUGAGGUCCCCAUCGUUACCAGGUUCUUGUUCAUUCUACUAGGGCCUCUUGGGAAAGGGCCACAGUACCAUGAGAUUGGCCGAUCCAUCGCAACACUAAUGACAGACGAGGUUUUCCAUGAUGUUGCCUACAAAGCGAAGGACCGCAAUGAUCUGAUUGCUGGAAUCGAUGAGUUCCUGGACCAAGUUACUGUCCUGCCACCAGGGGAGUGGGAUCCUUCUAUACGAAUAGAGCCACCAAAAAAUGUGCCGUCUCAGGAGAAGAGGAAGAUUGCAGCACAGACCGGCACAGACCUAGGUGACGAAGAGGAGCACGAGGGACAUGGUGGUCCGGAGCUGCAGCGUACAGGACGAUUAUUUGGUGGUCUCUUGUUGGACAUCAAACGCAAGGCGCCCCACUACCUGUCUGACUACACAGACGCUGUCAGCCUGCAGUGCUUGGCCUCCUUCCUCUUCCUCUACUGUGCUUGCAUGUCACCUGUCAUCACGUUCGGCGGUUUACUGGGAGAGGCAACAGAAGGUCGCAUAAGUGCAAUUGAAUCACUGUUUGGCGCCUCAAUGACAGGAAUAGCUUAUUCCCUCUUUGCUGGCCAGCCACUCACCAUAUUGGGCAGCACAGGGCCUGUGCUGGUGUUUGAGAAGAUAUUGUACAAAUUCUGCAAGGAGUAUGGAUUAUCCUACCUCUCACUGAGAACCUGUAUAGGGCUGUGGACAGCAUUCCUCUGUCUGCUCCUGGUAGCCACAGAUGCCAGCUCCCUGGUCUGUUACAUCACACGAUUCACAGAGGAGGCCUUCGCCUCGCUCAUCUGCAUCAUCUUCAUCUACGAGGCCUUGGAGAAGCUCAUCCACCUGGGCGAACACUACCCCAUCAACAUGAACAACAACCUGGACAAACUCACACGAUACUCGUGUUCAUGUGUUGAACCUCCGGAUCCCAGUAAUGCCACCCUACGGUACUGGGAGCAGAACAACAUCACUGCUUCGGAGAUCUAUUGGGAGGCACUUGAGGUCAAGGACUGCAUAAAGAGGCGAGGGGAGUUUGUGGGCACCGCCUGUGGCCCUCAUGGACCCUACAUUCCAGAUGUUCUCUUCUGGUCUGUCGUUCUCUUCUUCUCCACUGUCUUGAUGUCGGCUUUCCUCAAAGAGUUCAAGUUCAGCCGUUACUUCCCCACCAAGUUGAGAGCUGUCAUCAGUGACUUUGCUGUGUUCAUCACCAUCUUUACCAUGGUCCUGGUGGACUAUGUCUUAGGGGUCCCAUCUCCAAAACUAAAAGUCCCCAGUGUGUUUAAGCCGACCAGAGAUGACCGUGGUUGGUUGAUCAGCCCGUUAGGCGGCAACCCUUGGUGGACCACCUUAGUAACAGUGAUCCCUGCUCUGCUCUGCACUAUCCUCAUCUUCAUGGACCAACAGAUCACCGCUGUCAUCAUCAACAGGAAGGAGCACAAACUAAAGAAAGGCUGUGGGUACCAUCUGGAUCUGUUCGUGGUGGGCAUCAUGCUGGGAGUGUGCUCCAUCAUGGGGCUGCCCUGGUUCGUGGCUGCCACCGUGCUCUCCAUCUCCCACGUCAACAGUCUGAAGCUGGAGUCGGAGUGCUCGGCCCCCGGGGAACAGCCCAAAUUCCUGGGCAUCCGGGAGCAGCGCUUCACCGGCCUCAUGAUCUUCCUGCUCAUGGGCUGCUCCGUCUUCAUGACCUCUGUGCUCAAGUAUAUUCCCAUGCCUGUCUUGUAUGGAGUAUUCCUGUACAUGGGAGCAUCUUCGCUCAGAGGAAUACAGUUCUUUGACCGUCUGAAGCUGUUUGGCAUGCCAGCCAAGCACCAGCCAGACUUCAUCUACCUGAGAUACGUUCCCCUGAGGAAGGUCCACCUCUUCACCAUCAUCCAGCUCAGCUGCCUGGUCAUGCUCUGGGUCAUCAAGACCUCCAAUUAUGCCAUCGUCUUCCCCAUGAUGGUGUUGGCUCUGGUGUUCAUUAGGAAGCUGAUGGAUUGCUUCUUCACCAAGAGAGAGAUGAGCUGGCUGGAUGAUCUCAUGCCAGAGAGUAAGAAGAAGAAAUUGAAGGAUGCUGAAGAAGAGGAGGAGGAGCAAAGCAUGUUGGGAGAGGAAGAGGGAGUAGUGCAAUUACCAUUAGAAGGAUAUCAAAAGAGUGAAUCCGUACUCAACAUCACAGAUGAAAUGUCCAAAGGCUCUUUUGGAAACACGUGGAAUGUCAACUCCAACAACUCAAAAUGAUGCUGAACCCCUCAAAGCUUAUCCAAGAACAGUGGAAGGAAACAAAAGAAGAGGAGAAAGAUGCAGAAGGGCUGCUUCGCCAGGGAGACAAGUCUAUGACGUUUCCCCCUUCACUGUGUUUAAAACAAAUCAAAAUUGUGUGCCACAGUUUACCAUUCCUUUACAUUUGUCUUGCAAAUCUUUGUGUGUUCAAAAGCGUUAGUGUUUUUAGUUUAUGUGUCAGAAGCUGCUUCUUUGUGAGGCAAUCUAAAGAAAUGUAAGCUUUUUAUUUGUUUUUGUGUUUUUAAAUGUCAAGUAAUACCAGCAUGAUAUAGGAGAGGUUAGUUUGACUGUAUGUGAAAGCAACGGAAUGUUUCUGUCGAGGAUGUAUCUGUCAGAUUAAGAAACUAUUUUCAACUUAUGUUUGUUUUUGAAUUUAUUGAAUGUAUUUUGUAUGUUUUUGUAUUUUUUCAAUAUCAUAAUAUUACAGUUGUUUUGAAAUUUAGAAGUUAUCCAACCAGAUAAACAAUCGAUUAAAAAGUUUGUACAAUACUGCAGUUAAAGACUAUGUACUGUGCAUCAGUAUAUACAAUUGAUGAGUUCAUAUAUCUACAAUAUAGGCAAAGUCAAAAUGUACUGUAUGCAUGCAGCUUUAAUUAAUUCACUUUUAUGAAAUAUACAGCAUCUGAUUAACCUUUUACUGCAGUGGGCUAAAUCAGGGUCACACAGAGUGAUUCUUGGUAGUCUUAAACAAAUCUACUUUGAAACAAAAGUAUACACCUCACACAGUUGGUUAUGGGUUAAAACAUUUUUUAUUACCUUUUAAGUUUGCAUCCAGGCGUAAAAAACAUUUCACCCAUGGGGCCACUAGGUCAUUUGACUGCAGGAAAGGGCUACUAAUUCAAUGUAUUGCAUUAUGAUUUUAGCUAUUUGCAAUAGUCUUUAAGCUUAGAAUAUUUUCCAAUUGUGUUACUACCAGUAAAGAGAUUAGCUGAAAAUAGCCUUUUUAUAUUAUUUAUUGUUGGCAAUUUAUUCUUGUACAAAGAGCAAACAUUGAACUGAGCAUUUGAUUAGUAAAACGCCUGACUUACAUUGUAGAAUACUGUUAUGCAUAUCAAUAGAUAGUAUUGAAACAAUGUUCAAGAAGAAAAUAUAAUCCUGGCUUUAUUUUAAAUCAUCAUAUUUGUUGCCAAAGUUGAAAUAGUUGCAGUUAUUGCAGUAUAUCAAUAUUUUCAAGCUGCAAAGUUAAUGCUUGUGUGUCAUUUUAUUUGAGUUGUUUGUCAUGGGGGCAUUGUGUGUGCCCAGGAAUGAUUGUCCACUCAAUAACUAAAGAUGAAGCUUAACUGAUACUUGAAGGUGUCUGCUAAAGGGCAACAUACAUGGCUAUAGAAACAAUUGCAAUAGCACUUUUUCUAGAAGGGGAACAUUUAUGGGAGCUAUAUUUAUUGUUAUAAAGAUUAUUAAACUAUAUUUCCUUUGUACAAUACCAACAAUUAAUUUGUUCACGUCUAAUUUUCUAAGCCUAUUUAUCUAUAAUACCUUUUGCUUCAUUUUAAAUGAUCAGUAUCUGCAAAAUAUUUUGAAAUCUCUUGUUGAACAUUUCUACUCUACUACUACUACUACUCGUGUUGCUAAUUGUACUUAGCUCUGAAUAAAUGUGUUUGAAAAGUCA